UGUUUGUUAAGGUAGUUUGUCUGAGUGUCUAGUAAGCGUUAAGUCUUUGUCUGUGUGAGGCCAAAUGUUAACGCUCUGUAUUUCGUUCGCAGAGGAUUGUGACGUGAUAAAUGUGACUGAAUUAAAUGAAGAGUUUGAAGAUUUCGCGGAUAAAUAUACUCAGCGAAAAUGGUAUUUGAGAGGGUUUGGGUACCGUGUUUAUUUAUUAUCGUGACCAAGGCGGCAGCAUGGAACUUGAACAAUCUUCCGCAACCACAGUCCAGUGCAUGUUUGGCCCAGGAAGUGAACGAAAUCGAGGACGUGAAGUUAUGCGACCCCGACAACACUCUGCCAUACCUUCAUAAAAUCAUGACAGCAGAACUCCUGACGAUGUGUGAAGAUGACGGACCGGAAGGAGUAGCAGUAUUUUUAUUGUUGGUUGACACAGUUCGCUCCCGUGAUACAAAACCCAACGAAAAACAAGGUGCGAAAGACCCAGUCGACCGUUUGAUGGAGGGAGCCGCCAGAUUCUACAACUUAACAACAAGAAAGUCCGCUGUCUUUAUGCUAGCUGUUCAGAAUCCAUUGCAGGUGAAAAUAUGGAGAAGUGAAACCUUACUUGAAAAGAUGCCCGAUGAAACACUGGAAAAUGCAACGAUUUAUGCGACACAGACGUAUGCAAGUUAUAUGGACUUUCCUUCUGCGGUUAAUAUGUUUGUCGCUGAACUGUGUAAGAGUCUCAAGGACGAUGAGAAAACCAAAAGAUGGGGGGACGUCACAGACAUUUUGUUGAUCGUUUUUGUUGGAUUCUACAUCAGCAUUGUCAUUACUCUGACCGUCCUGAUGGUCCGAGCCUUCCGCGCGCGCCGGCAGGACACCUCGAGCGAAGCCGGCGACCUGCGCAAUGUCCCCGGACGCCACCUGCAGCAGAACCCUCUUUCCCUCGAACUGCAGGAGUACGGUGCCAUGGCAACCUACACCUCAACGGGACAUAUCCUACUGAGCACCACGGAUGUCGCUGCUGUCAACACGGCUUGUGCAUCCACGGAGCAUCUUUUAGAUACUUAGGUUGUGUGGGUUGUUUAAAUGGUUGAGGGUAGAGACUUUUUGAGUUUAGGGUUUGUGAUUUAAGCUGGGCGAUUUGGGUAGAGAAUCGUUGCUAUUUCGUGUGAUGGGAUAAUGGCAUAAAGACAUGUAUGUGGAACUUAUAUUUAAGUAUUCUGCACUGUGCUAGGUGACGUAAAUUUGUACACAGUUUGGAACGAACACUCAGAAAUUCUUUUAUUUGUGAUAAAAUAUUAUAUGGUAAGAUUAUAAUACCUGAGAAUGAAUUAUAUAAAAAUGACAACGCAAUACCUACUGUCUACUUUCAUAUUUUGAUUACAAAAGCAUGUAAUUGUAUACAAGUUAUAAUUCACAACUAGGACCAUCUCUAUAGCCGCAGGAUUAACCGCCCAUACCAGUAAUACUGGAAUUACCGCCUGUAAUUUCAGAGCUGUCCAAGUGAUGGCUAGGCACUUUUUAAACUUGUAAUUACACGUGUGGCUAAUUGACUAUGGAUGUUACAAAUGUAUCCUUCUUUAGGCUUUAAGGCUGUCUUUUGACAUUGUGUAUAGUGCUUUCUUGCUUUCAUUGUUCUAUUUUGCAUAAAUAAAUUUUAUAUGAAUAACAUUUA